ACCAGGUCUCAUUCUUUCUAUAAAUAUGAGUGCUUUUAUAUAUACCAACAAGCUUAUAAAAGCCCUAUUGCCUGAACUAAAAAAGUUAUUGCACAGGGAGCCAAAAAUUUGUCCUUGAAGUUUUUGUGCUUGAAAUUUCAGUGUCCUAAAAUGGCAGCAGCUAAAGAGAGUCGAUCUUUAGAGCAAACGCCAACUUGGGCAGUCGCGGUUGUGUGUUUCGUGCUGGUUUUGAUUUCAUUUAUCAUAGAAUAUGUCAUCCACUUAAUUGCAAAGUGGUUAAAAAAGAGACAUAAACGAGCACUUUAUGAAGCACUUGAAAAGAUUAAAUCAGAACUUAUGCUAUUGGGGUUCGUAUCAUUGCUCCUAACAGUGGGACAAGGAACUAUAUCUAAUAUGUGCAUAUCAAAGGCUGUAGGGGCUACAUGGCAUCCAUGCAGCAAGAAACAGGAAAGUGAUUUAGACGAGGACAAAGAGAAAUCUUCAGAUUCGGAUGAAAAUCAACUGAGAAGGCUCCUAACGUUUCAAGGUUCUGGUGGUAUUGAUCGGAGAGUUCUAGCAGCAGCAGAAUAUGACAAAUGUGCAGCCAAGGGUAAAGUUCCAUUUGUCUCAGAAGAUGGUGUCCACCAACUCCAUAUGUUCAUAUUUGUCUUAGCAAUUUCCCAUGUGCUUUAUUGUAUAACCACCCUGGCAUUAGGCAGAGCUAAGAUGAGAAAAUGGAAGGCAUGGGAAAAGGAAACUAGGACAACCGACUAUCAGUUCUCACAUGACCCUGAGAGAUUCAGAUUUGCAAGGGAUACAACUUUUGGUCGAAGGCACUUGAGCUUUUGGAGCCGCAAACCAGUUCUAUUGUGGAUAGUUUGUUUUUUCAGGCAGUUCUUUAGAUCAGUUCCCAAAGUUGAUUACUUGACCCUACGCUAUGGGUUCAUUAUUGCACAUUUGGCACCCCAGAGUCAGGUGAAAUUCGAUUUCCAGAAGUACAUUAAAAGAUCACUUGAAGAAGAUUUCAAAGUUGUUGUUGGAAUCAACCCAAUCAUCUGGUUCUUUGCUGUGUUAUUCCUAAUGUUCAACACGCAUGGCACUUACUCUUAUCUAUGGUUGCCAUUUCUCCCUCUAAUUAUGAUCCUGCUGGUGGGAACAAAGCUUCAAGUUGUGAUAACUAAAAUGGGACUAGGAAUUCAAGAAAGGGGAGAGGUAGUGAAGGGCACUCCAGUGGUGCAGCCAGGGAAUGACCUAUUUUGGUUCAACCGUCCUCACCUCUUGCUCUACCUCAUUCAUUUUGUCCUCUUUCAGAAUGCUUUUCAACUGGCCUUCCUGGUAUGGACAUUGUAUGAGUUUGGCACAAAAUCUUGCUUCCAUGAGAAACGAGAAGGCAUAAUCAUCAGGAUAUCAAUGGGGAUGCUCAUACAAAUACUAUGCAGCUAUGUGACUCUUCCUCUAUAUGCAUUGGUGACACAGAUGGGUUCAACCAUGAAGCCUACCAUCUUCAAUGAGAGAGUAGCAAAUGCACUAAGGAACUGGCACCAGCAAGCUAAGAAACACAUUAAACAUAAUCAGCAUUCAGGCACCAUAACCCCAUUGUCAAGCAGGCCAGACACUCCAUCAUGCGGGGUGUCCCCUCUUUACCUCCUUCGCAACCAUAGAGGUGAACUAGACAGUUCCCAAACAUCACCAAGGAGGUCCGAUUUUGGUAAUGAAGGCUGGGAAAUGGAAGUGCCAGUUAAGGGUCAUGUCCUAGAGCUACAAGCUGUUAAUAAAGCAGAUAAUCCUUCCCACCACGAAAUUGACAUUGAACCUGAUGAUUUCUCAUUUGAUCAACGAACAAGAAGAUGAAAUAAUAGAGAGUUGCUAUCUGUCAGAA